AUCUACAUGUGUUUUUCUGGGAACAGACGUUAAAACAAAACAAACCACACCUACACUCAGCUCACAACAACAAACCACACAGACUCCACCUCAACCAGCUGCAGCAGAUCAAACAACAGUCCCUCAAGCAAAUCUCUUCCCAUCCAUCACUUCAUCAAACACGUCUGCAGAUAACUCCACAGAUGGCAGUUCUGCUGACCAAUCCACCAAACCCACCACACAAACCACUUCUCUUUCCCCUGACUCAUCUGACAGACAAGAUCCCACUAAAAGCCCAUGUCAGUACAACCUUAUGAAGAUUAUGAACAACGCAGUAAUAACCCAUGUGGUGAAUAUCAUCGACUCCGAGAACCAGAUAUACACAAUCAGGAUAAAAGAUAAGCACAAUGAGAUCCGUGCCCAACAAAUAUUUACCCAAACUGCCUUUGAAAUACCAUUUGAAUGGUUAAGACCAUGCACUGUGUACAACGUCAGUGUGGAUGAAUGCACAUCCAAUGGAAACAACACCUUUAUGUCCAGUGAACAAGGAGGAACUGUUCCAAAAACUGUUGUGGAAACCUUAACAGAUAAUGAAGUGUGUCUGAAAGGAGAAUUCACUGAUAUUCAAUGGAAUCUGAUUGAAUGUGUCAAAAUAACAGAGCAAAACUCUUGCACAUCCACACACACUGUUGUACUGGACACAUGCAACUACACAAUGAAUGUUGAUAUGCCCCCAGUCAAACCUGAAAUACGAUUCAAUGCAACUGUUCCCUCUCAGUUUGAGUGGACUAAUAAACCAGGACAAUGUAAUCGUAUGCUUAAAGUCAUUUGCACCCACGGCUAUAAGGAAGAUACAUUUGUUUUAAAUGAAGAAGUGUUAUUAUUACUCAAUGAACAGUACAACUGCACUGGAGAAUACUCUUAUGAAAAAAGACUCAUCAAGAGUAAUGCACUCUCCUUUCAAAUACCAUGUGAUGGGCAAAAGAAGACACAAUUUGUGCAUAGCACCAGCACCACAUUUGAAAUAUCCUGGAAUUCACUUAAUAAAGAUCAAUGCUCAGGGAUUGUAUGGGAAAGUUUUUCAGCCAGCUGCAGUGAUAGUGGUGAAAAAAAACAUCCUUCAAAGCCAUGUGGCAUUAGCACAACAUGCAGUAUUACAGGCUUAUUGCCAUAUAAAAAAUAUAAAUGCAGUAUUAAAGGAAAAGUCAGUGGAAAAGAUUAUGAAAUUUACACUGGUGAGAACACAACACUUUCUGCCAAGCCUGAUUUCAAAUCAGAAAUUGAAGUAACUCACCCUGAUCACAAUUCUCUUCAAAUAAAAUGUGAAAACAAGGGACCAAAGAUCAUCUGGAAUGGAGGAAAGGGAAAAUUCAAGGCUAAUAUCACAAACAGUGGAAGAACUAUCUCUAAAACCAGUGACACAUGCUCGUUUACAUUUUCAGAUCUUUACUACCUUACAACAUAUGAUAUUACGAUUACAGCCGAGAAUACAGAAGGAUUUUCGAAAGUCAAUAAUAAACAUGAAGCUACUACUAAAUCAAGCUCAUUGGCUGCUGAUGCAACAGAAACCAAUCAGCUGCACUGUGUAGAUAACCAUGUGAUUACUAGCAGGUUGAGUUAG